AUGGUAGUGGUGGUGGUGGCGGCGGAAGGAGUCGCGGCCGCGGUCGCGGUCGGGGCCGCGGUCGGGGACGUGGACGCGGUCAGGGCCAGAACUACGGCCAAGGCCACUGGGCUGGAGGCCGUGGUGGGCAUGGCGGCCGCGACGGCCACAGACAAUAUGAUGAUCGACCUUAUUCGCGAGGCGGUGGCCACAGCAGCAGUGACGAGAGAGGUACUCCUGCAAGUGUCCCAAAAGGUGCCUGUCUCUGACCAAGAGCGGUUGGUCUUGCAGCCCCUUCCAACCAGAAACCGACUCCUGCGCCCUCUGCCCAACAUGCUCAUUGCUCUUGCACCCCCUUGCAGCGACGUUAUUCUUGAUGGCCUCAAGGCCGCUCCACCAUCAGCGCGCAAGCUGACAGAUGUCACCUCUUCCAAGGGCUUCAUGGAUCAGAUCAGCGGCCCACCCCCAGCGCCGCAACGCCGAGAGGAUCUGGCUCAAUUUCGCCAAACGCUUCCAGCUUUUGCCAUGCGCGAGCAAAUCUUGGCGGCCAUUGAUAGCAACCAGGUCUUGCUGCUGUCCGGUGAAACUGGCUCGGGCAAGACAACCCAGGUUCCGCAGUUUGUGCUCGAGGCCGCAGUAGAGCGGAACACGCCUUGUUGCAUCGUCUGCUCCCAACCUCGGCGCAUCUCUGCCAUGAGUGUGGCCAAGCGCGUUGCCACCGAAUGGGGCUCCCGCGUUGGUGACACAGUUGGCUACAACAUUCGCCUGGAUAGCCAGGUCUCUGCCCACACCAAGCUCAUGUUCUGCACCACAGGCCUCCUGCUGCGCAUUGCCAUGUCCGACCCAGACCUGGGCCAUGUCACCCAUGUCAUUGUGGAUGAGGUCCACGAACGCGAUCGCUUCAGCGAUUUUCUCCUGAUUUCCUUGCGUCAGCUCUUGGCGCGGCGCCCGGAUGUCAAGUUGAUCAUCAUGUCCGCGACGCUGCACAGCGAGCUCUUCACUGAGGCGCUCAAGUCGAUUGGGUUUCGCGGCCAUCAGUCUCACCGGAAGCAACAAGCCGAUUCUGCCCAGCUGCGCAGCAGCCUGGCGCUCAUUGAGCAGGGCAUGGGCCAAGCGUGGCACGCCGAAGUUGGCCUCAGCACGGAGAGCUACCUGAUGAACAUUUACCAUGAGCUCGUGGCUGAUGGCAUUGACGUCGACCACCGGCACCCCCAAACAGAUUUGACGACACUGAUGAUCGCUGCGGCCAAAGGAGCGGACGAAUGGGUGGACCGUUUGCUACGCUUAGAUGCCGAUGCUGGUGCCACCUGCCGUCACAACGGCUGGACUGCAGCAGACUUUGCGGCCUACUUUGGACAUCACAACGUCUUGAACAUCUUGCAAACCUUCCUGUCGGAUGACGAAGACGGCAUGCAAUCAGAAGUCAUAGCCGAUAUGACCGUCGAUGAGCGGGCCAUGGUGCAGGCAUACCAGGCCAGCUUCGACGAUUCCGAUGUCGACAUUGAGCUCAUUGUCCAGCUCGUGGCCCAUAUCAUGCAGCACUGGCCUGCUGGCGAAGGCGCCAUUUUGAUCUUUUUGCCCGAAACUGCCGUGACGAUCGAUGACGUGGUCUACGUCAUUGAUUCUGGCAAACUGAAAGAAACUGUACGGCUUUUGCCAAUUCCUGUCUAUGGUUCUCACUGCGACCCACCCGCUGCCACUGUCAAUCAUCAACGGUAUCGCAAUCUGGCUCACUUUCAAAAGGCCGAGCUGCUUCGCGUAUCACUGGACGACCUCUGCUUGCAAGAUUUCUUGGAGCUGGCGCCUGAAGCCCCCGAUCCCAAGGCCAUUGACUCGGCUAUUGACUUGUUGCAGCAGAUUGCCGUGCUCGAUCCAGAAGAGAACGUGACCAACCUGGGCUACCGUCUCUCCAACCUGUCAUUGUCACCACCAUCAGCCCGCAUGGUGUUGUUGGCCUAUGUCCUGGGCGUGCUGGAUCCCAUUCUGACGCUCGUGUGCUGCGGUGACUACCGCUCGCCCUUUGCGCUUCCCAUGCAACCGCAAGCGCGGCUCGCUAGACUCAUGUGUCCUUUGGGCGUUGAGCAGGCCGCUGCCAAGCGAAUGCACAUGCAGUGGGGUUUGGAAUUUGAAUCGGACCAUCUGGCUCUGAUCAAGGUUUAUGACGAGUAUCGCCGCCAAAAGACCAUGUUUGGUAACCGAAAUCAAACUCAACGCGGCGUGAUCAAGGCGGCGCUAUGCGCGGGCCUCUACCCUAACAUUGCACGUCGCAACCCCAACGCCAAGAGCUAUUCCACACGCUCUGAAUCGCGCGUCAAGGUCCAUACUGGCUCCAUGCUCAAGUGCACGGUGGUGGACCCAGCUUUGGUCUUUGUGUUUGGCUCCUCUUUGCCGCAAGUAACGGCGGAGCUAUUCCGACCUGUCGUGAAUGAGGAUGGGGAAUGGCUGGCUGAAGACGGCUCUUUGGAAAGCGCGUGCAACCCCGAGGAUGAGGACCAGGAGAGCAGUGACGAUGAUUUUGAUGUCGAGUCCCUUCUUACCAACUUGAGCCGCCGCCCAAACCAGCGCGAAUGUCAUGCUGACCCAUGGAUCAGCAUGUUUAUGACCGGCGACGAGUAUCGCGCCCUGCAUUAUGUGCGCACCAAGUGGCAUGCCACGCAGGCCGAAGGACGGCAAUUGGAGCCCGAGUCGGAGCUCAUUGGCUCGGAUCACCCCGAAACCGAGCACACACCAGUUGACGCCGCGCCUAGCGAUGCGGUGCCAACCGACGCCGUUCCAGAGCCAAGCAUCGAAGCGAGCCCGGAAGAGGGCGGUGCUUCGGAGGUUGAAGAGGUGAUUGAAGAAAUUCUAUCAGAUGACGUUGUGCAGGAAAUGGCCGUUUUCUACAGCAACCGCGCGGCAUGCCAGCUUAAACUAGAAGCGCACCAGCUCUGCAUCGAUGAUUGCGACGAAGCCAUCAAACUGAACCCCUCUUAUGCCAAGGCAUAUGGACGUCGUGCCAAGGCCCUGGAGGCCCUCGAACGCUAUGACCAGGCAUUGGAAGGUGUGCUCUUUCCCUGCAGCUGCGCUGGAUGA